AUGACGCAGGAGGCGAUGGCCAAGUUUUUCGAGAUAAACUACAAAGUGGUAAAACAGAAUAAUUACGAUUUUAUGGCAAGCCCGUACACCCCUGAGGUCGUGGAUUAUCAAUAUCCAGAGAAUUAUACUUCACCAAAGUUCAAAGUGUAUGAUGGACAAGGGAACGCGCGAGAACAUCUUAACCGAUUAAUCGUUUCUAUGAACGAUCGAGCCUCUGAUGGGAAAUUAUGCCUAAGGGAGUUCCCGAAGUCGUUGACUGAGGCGGCCUUCUCUUGGUAUGAUAACCUAAAGCCCGGAAGCAUCAUCUCAUGGACAGACCUGUCCACACACUUCCUCAGAAAUUUUUACUCCGCAAAAAGGAAAGUCACGACCAUCGACUUGAGUAAAUGUAACCAGCGGUUAGGGGAAGACAUAGGGAAGUAUAUCACUUGGUUUCGUCAUUUCGCGCUGGAUUGCCAUGAGGACGUUAAAGAAGAUGCACUAGUGGAGAUAUGCGUACGCGGAAUGAUACCAUGCUUCAAGAAAAGCCUAGUGAACUUCCGAUUCCCAACCUUCGUCGAGAUGGAAGAAGCGGCAGCAAGAAUUGCCGACUGUGUUGAAGAGAGCAACUCGGAUUAUGUCUGGCGCAGCGCAGUCAACACUGUCUCAACAACACCAAGGAACACCUGCGCAAACAACAACCCAGAAGGCUGGGGCGCGCAAACAAAUCAGUCAUAUAAGGAUCAACCGCUUCCUCCCCCAUUGCCUUGUAGUAAAGAGCAGAUCAUCGUGCUCUUACAGCAGUGGGUAACGAAUAAAGAAAUUCAGUUGCCUCCAACAAGGACGGAUCCCAACGAUAUCCAUAAGAGCAAUUCCAGGUACUGUCACUUCCAUCGCAGAGUACAACAUCCCACGGUCGACUGCUAUAACCUAAGAAGAAUGUUUCAGAAGAAACUGGAAGUGGGCGAAAUCGAAAUGGGAGAUUCCGAGGGAGGAAAAGAAACUCAAAAUCAGGUAAUGAUGCUUUCUCAUGAUCACAGCGGAGACGAAUGUCAACCUUGGGAAGAAAAGGAUGAAGAAACAUGCGAGGUCGCGAUAGAAGGCCACGCAUUUACAAAUACAGACGGCGUCGCUAGCAAAUUCGCGGGUACAGUGUUGGCCCAACAGUUUUUUGACUCGCUAGGUUUUAGCGAGGAUCAAAGCAGGGAAGCGGCCAAAGCUAUUGCAGCAAUUUCGGCAGGAAAGCCUUAUGAUUCCCUCCCAAAAGAAGUUAUUGUAUUCACAGACGAGGAUAUUUGCUAUCCGGGAGAGCACCUUAGACCCUUAUAUUUGACUGUGUAUAUUAAUAAGUUUCCUUUGAAGAGGGCCUUCGUAGAUGGGGGCAUAUCUUUAAAUCUAAUCUCUACAUACACUAGACUUUCUUGGACUACAACAGUCGGCAAUUAA